AUGGAGGACAUUGAAUGGUUGCCCAAGAAACGCGGACCGUCCUUAGCUGCGCUUUUGCAGCGGGUCGAGUACCUGGGCAAUGUUGACAUGGCCCUGUCUGAAGUGCGAAGCAUGCAUGAACAAGACAACCUGGGCGAAGGCGUGGUUCGCUCGAAGGUGCUUGAACGGUUUCUACUAUUGAUGGGUCCCGAAGGUCCCGGGCUUGCCGUGAAGAAGUAUCAGCGGAGCAUGACGUUUGGCACCGGGGGUUCAGAGCGUGGGAAGUGGGCGGCCCGAACCAUCCGUUUCGCAUGGAACGGGAUGGACAGUCUGGAAGACGGAACACCGCUUGGAGGUGCCGUCGUGUGGAACUCGAAACGCCUGUUCCCACGGGAACAACGAGAGGUUCGCAUAGCUGACAUCGCUAAGGUCGAGCACAGCGGCAAUGUGAGCGCGUACUCUGACCAGGCGGGCGGGGAAGAGAGGAACGAUUCCGACACCACGUGGUCUUUCGACUGAUGGGUGCAGAUUGACCAGUAAAAGUACUCCGAUAACGGGUACGCAUUUCCAAUGUUGUUGGUGGAAAGGAGCCUCCAAACGAGGAGAUAAUUAGACACAGAAAAGUAUGUAGAUCUGGCCGGUAAGGGGUGAAGGGAAGAGACGGCCUUGGUUUCAUGCGUUGGAGAUGUUGUGGUGGGUGACGUAAUAUCCUGAUCCAUGUCGGCAUGCUGAUAAUGCUUACAUCGUCCUAGCAUAUGAAGCGAAUCGACGGACCCCCGGCGCGAAGAGAAAUAUCCGGGGAAAGUGCACGGGGUUUGCGGGCAUACGCCCCCUUGGACGUUGAUAUCAUAAUAGGUUGACCGCGUUUCGCCUCCCGGUGAGAGGUCAAUGUAUCUCCGCUUAAGGGGCUCGACCCAUUUUUUCCCAUUCUCAUGUGUAUAUCCGCGACUCCUUGGCUGUGUGACUGGGUACGCGGGCGGGGAUGUCUAUUUGCACCUUCUCUUCAUAAAUGCUGUAUGUAGCGGGCAUUGCACAGACUAUUGAUUAUUGAUAGUAGUUGGACAUGCAACAUUGAAGACGUAGACUAGACCACGUGCGGAAUAUAAUGUGAUACCAGUAAGAGGGACGAUUCGCACCUAUCUAACUAAGGUGCUCUGCGCGCCAGGCAAGGAAUGCAUCGUACUAGAGUGACGUGCACCCCGUCGACUGCGCUAUCACG